CCCAGCUCACUUCCCGCCGGACCUCCCACCAGCCCAGUUUCCAGUGCAGGCUCCAGCCCUCGCCCCCAGCCCAGUUGCAGGAUGUCGAUGACAGACUUGCUCAAAGCCGAGGACAUCAAGAAGGCGGUUGGAGCCUUUGCCGCUGCCGACUCCUUCGACCACAAAAAGUUCUUCCAGAUGGUCGGUCUGAAGAAAAAGAAUCCAGAUGAGGUGAAGAAGGUGUUUCACAUCCUGGAUAAAGACAAGAGCGGCUUCAUUGAGGAAGAAGAGCUGGGAUUCAUCCUAAAGGGCUUCUCCGCAGAUGCCAGAGACUUGUCUGCUAAAGAAACCAAGACGCUGCUGGCCGCUGGAGACAAGGAUGGGGACGGCAAAAUCGGGGUUGACGAAUUCUCCGUUCUGGUGGCUGAAAGCUAAGCGGCGCUGAUGGCCCCACACGCCCCCACCUCUCUGCCCCGGAAGCCCCGUCUCAACCCCUCUCGCCGCCCUCCCGUGUUUCUGUUCAGUUUGUUUAUGUUAUUUUUUACUCCCCCUGUCCCCUGCGGCCCUCAAGUGACACUAUUCUUCUGGAAAAUGCUGGAGAAACAAUAAAGGCUGUACCAACUGG